AUGGAGGAGUUUAACCUUGUUGAUCAUGAGUGGUUUGCAUACAUGUUCAAGAUUAAACAUCUUUGGAUUCCUGCAUAUUUUAGGGACUUAUUUAUGGGUGGGUUACUGCGUUCUACAUCUAGGUCUGAAGGUGAAAAUAGUUUCUUUUGCAAUUUUACAAACCCUCAUGUGACCUGUGUUGAAUUCUUUGUCCGUUAUGAAACUGUUCUUGAUGCUCAAAGGCAUGAACAUGAUGAGUUUUCUCUGUAUGGAGAUGGUGUGGAGUUUUCUAUUAUUGUUGAUCAUGAGAAAAGGAAAAAUUUUGAUGUAAAUUUUGACCUGGCAACAUAUGGGUCAAGUUGUACUUGUAGAAUGUUUGAGAGUCAAGGUGUUUUAUGUAGACACAUUUUGUUUGUUAUGAAAGGCAAAUGUAUACGUGAAAUUCCUGAUGCUUAUAUCUUGAAUCGUUGGAGAAAAGAUGUUAUGAAGAAAGCUUCUGUCAUAGAUGUUGCUCUAGAUGAUGCUUCUAAGUAUGAUAAGAAUAAGCAACUGGUUAGUGAUGUAUGGUCCAAGAUUUUCAAUUGUGUGAGUUUAACUGACCAAUCUGAGGAUGAUUUAUCUGAGCUUAUUAGGACAUUAUCUUCAUUUGAGGAGAAGAUGAUAUCAAAGAAUAAUCCUGAAAAUGCACCUAGUUCAAAAGAGGUGAAAGAUGCUGAUAUUCAAGUUUUGGUUGGGUCAAAUGAAGUUGAUGUAAAUGUCUUGCCUCCAAAUCAGUGUCUUAAUAAAGGUUCUGCCAGAAGUUCAAAGAGGUUGAAGAGUGCAAAAGAAAUAGCUAGUGAAGAAAAAUCUUAA